AUGCAGCUCACUCUUAGCUCUACUCUUCUCCUCGCCAGCGUGGCCUCGGCCCAGAUGACCUCGUCGGCCUCGCUCUCUUCCUCAGCGCUGGCGACCUCUACCCCCGUUACUUCCAGCGUCGCCAUUCCCUCUAUUUCUAUUUCUCCUAGCUCGGUCCCAUGGAGUCGUCUGUCCGCAAAUCCCACCUCGUCCUACGCUUCCGUCUCGGCAGCUGCUUCUUCCGACGCUGCUAGUGCCGUAAACCCCGACGACUACGACUGCGUCUACCACGGCUGGGGCUGUGACUGGAUCAAAUCCGAGUACGGCUACGGCAACGACUACUGCGGACGUUCUCCCUUCAAAGCCGGUCAGCAGCUGUCUGACGGUAGCCAGAUCGUCGCCGUCUCUUCGGAUGGCUCCGGUGACUGCUCGUCCAAGGCUGGCAGUACGUGCUGCAAGGUCCUGGCUGACUCGCCGUGCAAGCGCGGCGAGAAGUACCUCGAGUGCAAGAAACCUUAG